GAGGGUAGCUGCCCUCUAUACACGAUCCACAAAUGUAGCUAGUACUUCAUUUUGGGACUUAGGUCAUGUUCGCCAGUCGCUCGGCAGUUUCUUGCCAGUCAUAGGACAGGUCGCUCUUAACGAGGUUUAGUUGUCUAUUUGCGUACUUAUUUAGCAGUUGACGUAUCUGUCGGUUUACUUAUUAUGUAUUCGAUUACCGGCAGAGUUAGUUUUUUAAAUUUUCUUAGCUUUUUUUCUUAGAUUAAAAUGUUUAUAUCGGACAAGUUUGUGUGAUUGAGUUCGUGUAAUUAAGUUAGUGUAAUGUAGUGUAAUGUAGUUUAAGUUCGUGUAUUAAAUCAGUGCUAAUAGUGUGUAAUUACAAUCUACAGUUCGUGACAAUGAAAAAAGCGAAGAAUUCAAAUUCCCAGCAAAGGGACGAUAGGGAAGCGGACAGAGACGACAGUGCAGGGGAACAGAAUAGCAGUUUUGAAACAGAUCAAAAACGGAAACGAACGAUGCCUCAAGAGAAAAAUCCCCCGCCUCAAGUUCAACCGUCAACCACGCCUGCCUGGGGUAUCGCCGAUAGAAGCGUGAAAGAAGAACCAAGCGAGGAAAAAAACGACGAUUCAGGUGUAUCACCUGAUCAUUCCACGAGCAAUUCUGGUUCGCCGAGUACAUCGACAUCAUUUUCGACGGCAACGUCUAGCAUGUCACCGGAAAGUGGGAGCUCCCAGGAUUCUCAUAACGUAGAAUGCAAUACAUACUGUUACAAUUCACAGGUAGUGCUCAAUAACAAUCAUCCAUCUCCCGAAUCUUCGGGACGUACUUCAAAGAACGAAAGUAAGCUGAAACAAAAGGGUGGCGUUUGUAAAGUGACAAAAUCAGCAAAGCCGAAACAAAAACGUACACCUAAGAAGAAUAUCCUGCAAUGUCCUAUUUGUGAGUUCUCUACUUACGACAGAGCACAGUUCUCGACUCAUUUGACGGCACAUUCUACGUUAAGAAGAGACUCUUCAGAAGCGUUAAAAUCUAUAGCUAACCAGCUGGCAGCAGAAUCAGCAUCCAAUGCGGCUGAAAACAGAUCGGCCUCAACUCAAGGCGAAUGUUCGAGACAGCAAGCAAACGAAGAGCCGGGACUCCGAGUUCCACGAUUGAAUUCGCAAGGCAAAGUGAAAACUUUUAAAUGCAAACAGUGUACUUUCAUAGCCAUAACUAAACUCGAGUUCUGGGAGCAUAGUCGGUGUCAUAUUAAGGCUGAGAAACUCUUAUCCUGCCCAAAGUGUCCUUUCGUCACGGAAUAUAAACAUCAUCUGGAAUAUCAUCUGCGGAAUCAUCUUGGCUCAAAACCGUUCAAAUGCAGCAAGUGUCCAUAUUCAUGUGUGAACAAAUCGAUGCUUAAUAGCCAUCUUAAAUCUCACUCGAAUGUCUACCAAUAUAGAUGCGCCAACUGUUCAUAUGCCACCAAGUACUGUCACUCGUUGAAACUUCAUUUGAGAAAGUAUGAUCACGAUCCGGCAAUGGUGUUGAACGCUGAUGGUUCGCCAAAUCCACUUCCCAUUAUAGAUGUGUAUGGAACACGUCGUGGUCCGAAACCAAAGGCGACCAAGUCUCCUGAUGACGCAGGCCCGAGCACCGCUGUUGACAGCAACGCUCAAGUUCCAGAAUCUUCUCCUCAAUCAGAGUUUCCACCGGAAGUGUCUCCGAUUAACCAUCAGUUAUCGAUAUAUGCAAUAAAUGACUUGAACAUUAUAAAUACAGCGAACGCUGCAAAUACUUUGAACAGUGCAAACAAUUUAAACAUCGCAAAUAACUUGAAUGCAGCGAAUAUUAUUAACGUUGCAAAUACUUCGAACAGUGCAAGCCCCUUGAACAUCGCAAAUAACUUGAAUGCAGCGAAUAUUAUUAACGUUGCAAGUAUUUCGAACAGCGCAAGUCCCUUGAACAUCCCAAAUAACUUCAAUGGACCGGAUACUCUUAACGUUGCAAAUAAUACAAACGCCGCAAGUCCCUUGAACAUCGCAAAUAACUUCAAUGGAGGGAAUGCUUUUAACAUCGCAAGCACUAUGAACAGCGCAGGACCCUUGGACACCGCAAAUAUCUUCAGCGGAGCAAAUGCUUUCAGUGGCGGAAGCCCAUUGAACAUCGCGAACAGUAUCAAUGCAGCGACUGCUUUCAACAUUGCAAAUACUUUGAACAACGGAAACCCUUUGAACACUGUAAAUAACUUCAAUGCGGCGAAUAUUUUUAAUCUUGUACGUACUUUGAAUGGCGGAAACCCCUUGACCAUUGCAAAUAACUUCAAUGCAGCGAAUAUUUUGAAUGCCGCAAACACUUCGCAUGGUGCAAGCACUCCGCAUGGCGCAAGCACUUCUCAUGGCGCAAGCACUUCGCAUGACGCAAGCACCUCGCAUGGUGCAAGCACCUCGCAUGGUGCAAGCACUUCGCAUGGUGCAAGCACUUCGCACGGCGCAAGUACUUCCCACGGCGCAAGUACUUCCCACGGCGCAAGCACUUCCCACGGCGCAAGUACUUCCCACGGCGCAAGCACUUCGCACGGCGCAAGCACUUCGCACGGCGCAAGCACUUCGCACGGCGCAAGCACUUCGCACGGCGCAAGCACUUCGCAUGGCGCAAGCACUUCGCACGGCGCAAGCACUUCGCAUGGCGCAAGCACUUCGCAUGGCGCAAGCACUUCGCAUGGCGCAAGCACUUCGCAUGGUGCAAGCACUUCGUAUGAUGCAAGUACUUCAUAUGACCCAAGCACUUCGUAUGGCCCGAGCACUUCGUAUGGCCCGAGCACUUCGUAUGGCCCGAGCACUUCGUAUGGCCCGAGCACUUCGUAUGGCCCGAGCACUUCGUAUGGCCCAAGCACUUCGUGUGGCCCAAGCACUUCGUGUGGCCCAAGCACUUCGUAUAGCGUGAAUAACUUCAACGCUGCAAAUAUCUUCAACGGCGCGCUUAGCUUGAACGGAGCAAAUACUUUAAACAAUGCGAAUAUCUUCAACUUUCCGAAUAUGUUGAACUGUGCGAAUAUAUUGAACGAUACUAAUAUGUUGAACAAUGCUAUCAUAUUAAACGCUGCCAUCUUGAAUGGCAUCAACAUAUUGAACGCAAGUAUUGCGAGCGGUGCCACCUCCGCAAAGGGAUUCAACGGAGUCAUGCAGAAUCAAUCAUUCGUGACUUACCCAUACAAUCAGUUAUUCGCUCGCUUCCCUUUAAUGCCCUUCUUCGCUGCCAAGGGCAACAAUAUUAUAAAAGAAUUCGAUCGAAUACAAUCUAAGGUGAUGAUGGACUACUUGAAGAUGUUAACCGGAGAAAGGGUGAUGGACGAUUCACCUGAAAAUCUUGUGCUCAGAUGCGCCAAUGAGAACAAUGUUUCAAAUGAUGUGGCCGAUGAUUCGCUUAAUAACGAGACACUUCGCAAUAUGAUUUCCAUUCAGCCUGAUUUGAUGAACAUUGUGGAAGAAACAGAGGAGGAGGAGGCACCUUUAGACCUUAGUAAACCCAGUACUUCUAAUGAUGUUAAAAAAUCAAAAGCGACAGGUACUAGCAGACGCAAGGGGAAAGCUGUGAAACUGGAUCGUCAAGUAAUCGAGGACUCCGAUGAAGAAGAAGAAUCAUAUGAGCCACAAGAACAAUCGUCCAAGCUUUCAAUUCCCAAUGACUUUUGUGUCUUUGGGCAAACAAGUUACGACUGGAGCAAGUUUACACUGAGCCAGAAAAUCAUUUGUCAAUAUUGUAACAUUGUGUUUGGUAACCUAGUGAUGUAUACUAUCCAUAUGGUGUAUCACAGUGAAAACGAUCCUUACACUUGCAACAUUUGCGGCGUUCAGUGUGGUAACAGAGCAUGCUUCUUCUUGCACAUCGCCAGAUCGAAACAUUGGUAGAUCUGCUCGGCAGUAAAUCUGCGAUAAACUCUGAUUGACUUUUAUAUAACUCUCGGGAAGAAGAUCGAACGAUUUUUCUUUGUACUUGUCUGGUGGUCAUAUUGCUUGAGUGUAGAGUCCAAAGUACCAGACGUGACUGAAUCCGACGAAACACCAGAGCUUAGUUUUUUUCUAAUGCUUCAAGCUACACGCUAACUUGAAAGAAUAAACCUGAAAGAAUAGUGUGCCAUGAUCCGUAAGACAUUCCGUCUUUCGUGUUAUACGCUUAGGCAACUGAA